ACCUGUUCUUCACCUGAGGACGGCUGCUUGCGUUGUGGCCGAAACGUCGUGAGAAUUGUAUUUUAUUAUGUUUUAUUUUUAUUAUUUUAUUACUUCCCUUCUACGUGACGACUUUACCGAAAGAACCAAGAAGAUGAAUCCCUGCAGUCACGAAAGCUUUAAAUCGAAAAUUUGGUAUUGAUUGUUGACUGUUUCUGUGUUCAUAGCUCUGAGCUAUGCCAGGGCUGCACUGGGCGAUCUACCUGGGUCUCCCUCCUCACCCAGCUCCACCAUCAAGCCCCAGGCCGUGUGCCUCAAGAGGAAGUUUGACUUGCCCGUGACCUCCCAACCACGGAAGAGGCGGCCGCAGGGCGAGUGGGGCGGAGGUGGAGGAGGGGGAGGAGGAGGGGGACAAGGUGGACAAGGUGGACAAGGUGGAGGAGGAGAGGGCCUCCUGAUGGACCCUUCACGAGGUGGUGGAGGCCGGAGAGAAGGAGCAGCUGCAUCACCUGCACAGAGCUCGUUCGCGCGGAGCAGCAGCAGCAGCAGCAGCAACAACAACAACAACAACCACAACAACAACAACCACGGGGCGAGCAAAGCCGGCAGCGCUCGUGGGGUCAGGUCCCCUCCCCCGGCAGCUUCUGCCCCCCCCGCGUCUCCUGGCCAGCCUGCGCUGUGCGGGGUGGUGGUCUCGCUCAGCGGCUUCACCAACCCCCUGCGCUCCACGCUGCGCGACCUGGCCCUGGGGCUGGGCGCUCGCUACCGGCCCGACUGGGGACCGGGCUGCACCCACCUCGUCUGUGCGUUUGCCCGCACACCCAAGAGCCGUCAGGCGCAGGCUGCCGGGGCUCUCGUGGUGCGGAGAGAGUGGCUGGAGGACAGCGCCGCCCAGGGUCGGAGACUCGCAGAGCGCCGGUACCUGAUGUACGGCGAUGGAUCGAGCAGCGAGGAUGAGGAGGCACGUCCCUCACGCCGCCCAAACAGAACGCCGUCGACGAGGACAUCUCUGCCUGCCGCUCGAGUCUCAACUCCAUCUCCGCAUCGCACCGCAGUGAAUGAGGUGGAGGAGGAGGUGAAGGAGGAGGUAGAGGAGGUAACGGAGGAGGAGGUAACGGAGGAGGAGAUGGAAGAGGAGGAAAUGAGCAUCGGGGAUCGCGACUCUGAGUGCGCGCCCAGCCCGCCUGGUGCAUUAGGAGACCCCUACGAUGGGACCACAGAGGAAGAGGAGGCAGUGGAGGAAACGCAGGUGGGGGGCAGGGCAGGAGGAGGGGGGAAGGAGGAGGAGGCAGCCCCUGGCCCCCCUGAGCUGCCCGAUCUGCUGUCGGGGAAGAGGAUUCUUCUGCACGCGUCGCUCUCCGCUCAAGAGCGCCGCUCCCUGCAGCGACUCACCGUGGCCUGGAACGGGAGCGUCGUUGCUGACGGUGCAAGUGAAGAAGUCGACUUCGUCAUCGCCAAUCACGGCUGGGAUGAGAGCUUCGACGAGGUGCUGGUGUGGAGCCCCGCGGUGCUGUUUGUCCGCCCGCGCUGGCUGCUCGAAAGCCUCCGGCGCGGGUCCCUGGCCCCGCCGCAGCCGUUCGCCAUCGCGCCCUAGCGGGGCGGAGGGGGCGGGGGGCCUGAGCCCCAGACAGAAAUAUCAACAGAGACACAGACUCUAACGGUGGCACCCACAUCCCCGUGGACCCCGAGACCCACCGUGGACCCCGAGUGGACCACAAGUUCCUCCUUGAACCACAAGUUCCCCGUGUGAACCCCGAGACCCACCGUGGACCCCGGUGGACGAUGUGUUCCCCGUGGCACCACGAGUCUCCUGUAGACCCCGUCUCUGGACGCAACCUUCCAGGACCGUGCUCACCUCCCCUCGCCUUCCUCCCUCAAGCUUUCACCAAACCGGCAUUCGCCGCCUUCACCAAGCUGUGCCGACCGGCACGGUGACGUAUGGUCCGAUAACACCCCCCUUUCACCACCACCACCACAGUCCAAAUUGUGUUGUUGGGGUGGGUGUGGGCCCUCAUCCAGCAGUGGAGUGACAUUGGGGGGAGGGGGGUUUGUGUGCGUUGUUACAUUGGAGCCUCUUUGCACCGCACAGGUAAUAGCAGCAGCCGCUACCAUUGUAGGUGCCCGCAACCGAGAUUUUGUUUUGCUGGUUCAGUCGCAUAAAUAUAAAUGUGUCGUUAAACCCACCGCCACCACCACCCCGAUACCACAGCCCGAUCAGUUUGUCACGUAAACACAAAGUGCCAAUUAUUUACUUAGUUCAGCACUAACCAGUUUCAUCUUCUUGGUUCUUUCGGUAAAGUCACGUAGAAUGGAAAUAAUAAAAUAAUACAAAUAAAACAUAAUAAAAUAAUUCUCACGACGUUUCGGCCACAACGCAAUUUAUUUUAUUUUAUACCUACGUGACUUUACCGAAAGAACCAAGAAGAUUAAUCCCUGCAGUCACGAAAGCUUUAAAUCGAAAACUAACCAGUUUGUGUGUGUUGGAGAGUAA